GCGAGCGCUGCCACAACACCUCGACUUUGCCGGUCGGACGAGGCGCUGCUGCCCCGGGAAGGGGCGGGCGGCGGCGAGGGGUGGGACGCGGGGCUACCCCGGGAGCGGGAGGCUCCGCCCCAAGAUGGCGGAGUACGUGCAGCUGGUGAAGCGGGCGCUGAAGCACCUCGGCGGCCAUGGCGGUGUCCGCGGUGCCCUGUGGCAGUUGCUGAGGGUCAAUGAUUUGAAGACUGGUACGCUGGUAGGAACUGAUAAAUAUGGAAACAAGUACUAUGAAGACACAAGGAACUUCUUUGGUCGACACAGAUGGGUCAUCUAUACUGAUGAGAUGAAUGGCAAAAAUACAUACUGGGAAGUUGAUGGAAGUAUGGUGCCCCCUGAAUGGCAUCGCUGGCUUCAUGCAAUGACAGAUGACCCUCCAACUACUCAUCCACCAGUUGCUCGUAAAUUUAUCUGGGAGAACCAUAAGUUCAACCUGAGUGGCACUCCUGGACAGUACGUACCUUACUCUACUACUCGCAAGAAGAUACAAGAGUGGAUCCCACCUACAACAGCUAGCAAAUAAGAACAACAAAAAAUGUGAUCUGCCUCAGCUUUGGCUUUUGUUCAAAAUAAAAGACUCCUGUAACA